ACCACAGGGAAGCCCCCGUGACUUAUUCACGCGACGGUAAGGUUAGGGCGGAUGACAUCAUCAAAAACCACGGAGCUGCUAUUGUGCUGGCCUUCGGAGACCAGCUUCCGUUCCGUUUCCUCCUCCUCCACCGCUCCAGGUUUUCUGUCAAGAAGCCAUUAUAGGGCUCUACCUCUCCCCAGGGGCAGGUGGAUGUGCUCUGAUUGGCCUCCUGGUGCCUGACUCAGCCGUUGAUGGCGAUAGCAAGCUCAGCACCACCUCGCGAGCGCAGAGAAACUCUUCUGCGCUUCCCAGUGUGUGGGUGUGCCGCACCGUAACGGCGGUCCAAAGUAACGCACGCGCGCACACAGGCGCGCUUUGACACAGAUAGCGGUUUUAACACGGGAGGGAAGCCGGUUCGGAGCGGUUUCUCUAAAGCGCCGGCGAUCGCCCUGGUCUCUCGUGCUUGGAGACGCAGUUGACAGGGAGUGGCGCUUGCUUUGUACACGCAGGAGGGAGGUGCCCCCAGGGGUGGCCACGCUGAGAGGACUGGCAGCAGGAGCAGCUUGGAGGAGGAGGAGAGGGAGGAGAAGCGGAGCGGAGCGAGGAGGAGGAGGAGAGGGAGGAGAAGUGGAGCGGAGAGAGGGAGAGGAGGAGGAGAAGCAAAGCGGAGAGAGGGAGAGGAGGAGGAGAAGAAGUGCAGCGGAGAGAGGGAGAGGAGGAGGAGAAGAAGCGGACGCGGAGGCUGGUGUGAGAUGCUCUGUUGGCUGCGGGAGGAAGACAUGUCUCUUCAGGAGCUUCAGCAGCGAGCCGACUGUGUCAUCACCCAUGUCGACGAGAUCAUGCAGCAGGAGAUCAGGCCCCUGCUGGCGGUCGACAUCAUCGAGCAGCUUCACCGCCAGUUCGCCGUGCUCUCAGGAGGAAGAGGAAAGGAUGGGGCUCCUAUCAUCACCUUCCCAGAGUACCCCGGCUUCAGCGACCUGCCGGACGAGGACUUCCUCAAUGUGGUCACUUACCUGACCAGUAUUCCCAGCCUGGACGCCGCCAGCAUCGGCUUCAUCAUCGUCAUCGAUCGGCGGCGGGACAAGUGGAGCUCGGUGAAGGCGUCCUUGGCUCGGAUCGCGGGGGCGUUCCCAGGAAACCUGCAGCUGGUGCUGGUGCUCCGCCCGUCCCGCUUUAUCCAGAGAGCCUUUGCGGACAUCGGCAUCCGGCUGCACCGCGACGACUUCAAAAUGAAGGUACCGAUCAUCAUGCUGAACUCGCUGUCAGACCUGCACGGAUACGUCGACAGAGGUCAGCUGACCUGCGAGCUGGGCGGGAACCUGGAGUACUGCCACAGCCAAUGGAUCCACCAUCGCACCGCCAUAGAGAACUUUGCGGUGACGGUGAAGACCACCGCGCAGAUGCUGCAGCGCUUCGGGAAGGACCUGGCCGAAACAGAGCUGCCCAACGACGUGCAGUGCACCAAGGACCUGCUGGGGGCGCACUGCGAGAAGCACGACAAGCUGGAGAACGAGCUCAGCCUGGCCAUGAAGCAGGGAACCACCCUGCUGUCCUGCAUCAGAGAGCAAGCCGCCAAGAACACCAACUACAGGCUGAACCCCGACGAGGCCGAGAACCUGACCACCGUGGAGAGGCUGCUGGCCCAGCUGAGUGAGACUGAGAACGCGUUCGAGCAGUUCUGGUCCAAACAUCGCCUCAGGCUGGAGCAGUGCCUGCAGCUGCGCCAUUUUGAGCAGGACUUCCGCGAGGUGAAAGUGGCGCUGGACGGCCUCAUGCAGGCCCAGGCGGCGCUGUCGGACAGCGGGGACACAGCGGGACGCGUGGAGCAGCUGCUGCAGGAGCUGAAGAGCCUGGAGGACAGAGCCCAGGGAUCUCUGGAGAAGGCCCAGCUCCACGCUCUGCACGGGGACCAGCUGAUCCAGAGCGGACAUUACGCCGUCGACUCCAUCCGGCCCAAGUGCGUGGAGCUCCGCCGCGUCUGCGACGACUUCACCAACGGCGCCCAGCGGAAGCACGACGUGCUCGCCAAAUCCCUCCUCACACACCAGGGCAUAGACAAGGUGAACCAGUGGUGCGAGUCGGGUGUGUACCUGCUGGCCUCUCAGGCCGUGGACAAGUGCCAGUCACAGGAAGGGGCGGAGUCAGCCCUGCAGGACAUUGAGAAGUUCCUGGAGAGCGCUGAUGAUCAGCAGCUAAGCAGCCUCAAGGACCUCUGCAACCAGUAUGACAUCAUCCUGACCGCCGAACUCAAGGCCAGCGUGCAGAAGGCCCUGCGGAGGCUGGAGGACGUGCGCGAGAUGUUCGACCGGCGACACGUCAGCCUCAAGAAGCUGUCCGCCAAACAGGCCCGGCCCGUGCAGCCCGUGGCCCCGCGACCCGAGUCCUCCCCCAAACGCGCCUCCCCCAAGAGCGGCAGGACCGGCGGCCCUGCGGUGAACCGCCGGGUUCCAGAGAAUUCCGGCGGCCCCAAGCCGGCGCCGGCGGACGCUGAACUCGCCAGGAAGAAAAAUAUCCGCAAGUCUAAAGGCGCCAUUAAGAUUGAAGUUCUGCAUGAAGCCAGCCAGGGGGGGUCCAGUCAUGUGGUGGUGUCCGAGACGGAAGAGUCCUUGUCCAGCAGAAGGAGACACAUCGUCACGGAGCUGAUUGAAACGGAGAGGGUGUAUGUUGAAGAGCUGCAGAGCAUCAUGGAGGGCUACGCCGCCGAGCUCGAUAAGACGCACCUCACGCACCUCCUCCCCCUGGCGCUGCACGACAAAAAAGACGUGCUUUUCGGGAACCUUCCGGAAAUCCACGACUUUCACAACAGGACAUUUCUGAAGGAGCUUGAAAACUGUGUUGAAAACCCAGAAUUGGUGGGAAGGUGUUUCCUGAAAAGGAAAGAGGACCUGCAGAUCUACGAGAAGUACUGCCAGAACAAACCGCGCUCUGAAGCUCUGUGGAGACAGUGUGGAGACUGUGCUUUCUUCCAGGAAUGUCAGAAGAGGCUGGAGCACAAGCUGUCCCUGGACGCGUACCUGCUGAAGCCGGUGCAGAGGAUCACUAAGUACCAGCUGAUGCUGAAGGAGAUGCUGAAGUGCAGUAAGAACUCGGAGGGCACUGCAGAGCUGGAGGAGGCUCUGGCCACCGUCCUGGACAUCAUCAAGUCCGUCAACGACUCCAUGCAUCAAAUCGCCAUCACAGGGUUCGAGGGCAGCCUGAGUGACCUGGGGAAGCUGCUCAUGCAGGGGUCCUUCCAGGUAUGGACUGAGCACAAACGGGGUCACAGCAAGGUCAAAGACCUGGCCCGCUUCAAGCCCAUGCAGAGGCACCUGUUCCUGUACGACAGGAUGCUGCUGUUCUGCAAGCGGCGCGAGGACGCGGCGGACGGGCACGAGAAGAGCCCCUCCUACAGCUUCAAACACUCCUUAAAGAUGAGUGCGGUGGGAAUCACGGAGAACGUUAAAGGCGACAUGAAGAAGUUUGAGGUGUGGUACAACGGGAGAGAGGAGGUCUACAUCAUUCAGGCCUCCUCCAUGGAUGUGAAGAACAUGUGGGUGUCCGAAAUCAGGAAGGUGCUGACAGGACAGCUGGAGGCGUGCAGAGAAGCCAGUCAGCUGCACCAGAGGAUCACAGAGAACGUGUACCAUGCCCCCAUGAACAUGUCCACCAGAAGUGUGAGGAAGGCAGCCCUGAGGCAGUCCGAUUCCUCCAGCCCUGAGCCCGGGUUCCGCAGGGGGAACCCCAGCCCCAACAUCCGCCAGAAACGAGCCGACCCGGUCGCUGGUGCUAAUGACCGUGCCGCUCUGGCUAAAAAGCGUUUCACGCUGCAGGGUCUGGCCAACCGCCGGUCUCUCCCCUCAGCGGCUCCGCCUAAGGAGACUGAUGUCCCCCGCCGCUUCUCUUUAACCUCCUCUAUCACCGCCGCGGCCGCCACACGCACAAAAGGUCCUCUAUCUGGUCACCUUAAAGCCAAAAGACAGGAAAUUAAGAGUGACCCCACUCCACUGGGGUAUGAAGAUACGUUGCAUCACGCGAUCCAAGCUCAGCGCAAGCGUAACAGCACUUCAGGUACGAGCGCUGCCGUGCCUCGAUCUGCCUCACAGAGCGCUGCCGUGCCCCGAUCUGCCUCACAGACAGGCUGGCCGCAGAGACGUCUCCCUUCCAUGGAUAACGAGGAUUUUGAGACCAUCCCUUCCAGCGCCGAGGAGCUCUCCAACUCCUCCGACGCAGAGGACGAGUGCGGCAGCAAAAACGGAGAGCCCGACCCGUUCCGGGUCCAGCUGACGUACGAGGCGAAGACGUCCCAGGACCUGUCUCUGGAGUCGGGAGACUUGGUGCAGUUCCUGGAGGAAGCGGAAAACGGACAGUGGCUAGUGAGGAAUGUUAUUACUCAGAAGACAGGGCUGAUCCCACCCAGAAUUCUGCAGCCGACAGGAGGAGCUCAGAUUUACCGGAACACCGAUAUCUUCAGCGACAUGUGCACCGCUGCUUUCACAGACACGGAGGAGCAGGAGGCGGAGUCUGUGGCUUAGGCCACAGGAAGUGGAUUAGCCUAUACAACCCAACAGGCUGGUGGAACCCAACAGGCUUAUGAAACCCAGCAUAGCCCUGUAACCCAACAGGCUUAAGGAACCCAACAGGGUUAUGAAAACCAGCAUGGCCCUGUAACCCAACAAGCUUAAGGAACCCAACAGGGUUAUGAAAACCAGCAUGGCCCUGUAACCCAACAAGCUUGUGGAACCCAACAGAGUUAUGAAACCCAGCAUGGCCCUGUAACCCAACAAGCUUAAGGAACCCUAUAGGAUUAUGGGACCUAACUUGCUAAUGAAACCCAGUACCCAUCCCUGCCCCCCCCCCCCCACCUGCAGGUUUUGGGCUUGUGUAUGUACUAUUUGUUGAUGGAAAAAGCAACAUGCCCCCAUCUUCCAGGGAGGGCCCCCCUGUCUAGCUGCUGCACGCCCCCAGACUGUAAAUCGCUCUGUCCCGGGACUGCUGUGGGGUUCUCCUGGGUUCCACCCUCUGCUCAGCCUCUCUAGAGAAACACGAGCCUCGGUCCUGUACAUCAGAUUGCCUCACACUGCAGCACCUGCAGCCGUCAGGUACUAAACACACACACACACACGCAAUCACACACACACAUAUCCACACACAUGAAUAUACACAUACACACACACACACACACACUCAGCCGCCAUGUCCUCUGUGGAUCUCCGAUCAGGGGGCUGGACCUGUGCUUCCUACGUUCCCCAGCAAUGCUGCUGUGCCUUUGUCAUGCAAUACCGAUACCUUCCUCCGGGGGGCAGCACAGAGCCAUCGCUCAGAAAGAGCAGGACCAAGCCAUGGGGAGACUGGAGCACUGAGGCCUGGGGUGAGGACUGCUGGUCAAUGGGGCGACGGCCGGUUUGGAGACAGACUCUGUUGUGUUUUCAUCUCCAUUCGCUGCUGUCAGUCAGGCCCAGAACUGUACUGUUGGACUUCUAUGCCAGUAGAUGGGACACAUUUUUAAAAUUCUGCUUAUUUGUUAAAACUUUUUUUUUUUUUUUUUUUAACAUUGGACCCAGUAUGUUUUUGGAUUGUUGAUGACACAGCAGAAAACAAAUACACCAUCAUUUCAAAAAAAAAAAAAAAGCUUGUUAAAAAUAAAAACAUCUGGUUCAAUAAUUUUUAUACUUCUGAGACAGAGAACUUUGGGGGGGGCGGGACUGAAGUAGAUUGUUUUGUUUUUGCUUGGAAGAACAGCAUUUGUAUCAAUUGACUGCAGGAUGAAAAAGCUCAUAUCUGAAUGUAAUUCAAACAUCUCUGUGUCAUUUCCAUCUCCAGUUCUGCUGUCUGAUGUAUUAAACUUAGAGUGGUUGUUCAGUUCAGCUGGUUUAAACUCAUCGGCAUUUUACUCCAGAGCGCCACCUUACUGUCAUCCCCAUUUUUAGCAGGACUGGGAAUUUCCUCCUAGCAAGUGUUCCCCUUAUUUAUUUUAGUAACCGUCUACGGAAAAAUAUCAUUAUGGUAACAUUGAUAUUUAAACAAGACAUUUAAACAAUGCAGUAUAGCCAAUGUGAGGUUUGGUGAAUGUUUUAAUACAAAAAUUAAAAAUAUGUAUUUCUUGUA